GCUCGAGAUGUCGUGUCCAAAUUGUUCAGAUCUUCUUCCGGUCCAUCUGUAUAGCCUGCGCGCAGGUCAGCGAGCUGCUAUGUUCAUUCUCCUGUCAGACCUCAGAAAUUCUGCUACGACCACGUCAUGUGCUUCCUGCAAGUUGUUGCUUGGUGCAUUGAGUCUGUACAAGAAAGAUCACCAAGAGGGCGAUGAUGGUAACUUUCUCGAGCUCAGGUUAGCCGUCGGAGAACAUCUGCAGCUAUAUUGGCGACGAGAGCCUGUGAUCUAUAUUGAGAUAUUUACUCGAGAUGUUGACGAGGGCUCUGUGCCUGCAACCAUCGGAAAAACUCUAGAAGUCAGCCAAAACUCGUCCUCUGGUACUUGCAUCACGCUUGCAUCUUCAUGGAUUCAAGAAUGCCGCACCUCCCAUCAACAUUGCCACGCUCGUUCACCGACUCCCUUGCCAACCAGGGUUAUUGACGUGAGUGGGUCACAACCCUUCCUAAUGGAAACGAAUGGCGGCCACGGAGAUUAUAUCGCAUUGAGUUACUGUUGGGGUGACGAUAAAACCGCGGUCUUGAAGACUUUACCCUCGAAUUAUGAUGCACAUUGCAAGGAAAUUCCGUCCUCGCCAGAUGCCAUGCCCAAGACAAUCCGGGACGCAAUUGAUAUCUGUCGCCGUUUAAAAUUCAAGUAUAUCUGGAUUGAUGCUCUUUGCAUUGUUCAAGGCAGGCAGUCUUUCCAGGGGCCCGUCCCGGACUUUGAACGGGAAAGUCCCAGGAUGGCCAGCGUCUACGCAAAUGCUACUUUAACCUUGGGAGCCGAUGCUGCAGAGGGCAACAAAGAGGGGAUCUAUAGAGACCAAGUUUUUGGUGAGGCGCCACAUAAGCUUCUGUAUGGAACUUCCGGGGCGCCUGUUUACGUCCGCGAACAGCUCGCUCGUAUGCAUGACGAUAAUGCACUUCUGCAGCGGCUGCCGACUUCACCUAUGAGCUUAACCGAACCUAUCAAUAUGCGCGCCUGGACGCUGCCGGAAGCCAUUUUCUCGAAUCGCAUGCUACACUAUACUUCAGAGGAGCUGGUAUGGGAAUGCAACGAAGCGCGUUGGUGUGAAUGCGGGCGUCGUGUACAGGUCGAAGCUGGAGGCAUCAACUCAUCGAAUCGAGUAGUGAGAAACGAAAAUUAUUCGGAGGGUCUCACGGUAGAAGAACUAUAUCGACAUUGGCGCGAUAUUCUGGUACUCUUCUCCGAGCGCCAGCUGGGCCACAAAAGAGACAGCGACAAGUUUGUGGCAUUAUCUAGACUUGCGAGACAAUUUGCUACGAUACUGCGGAUACAUGAGCCCGAAGAAGCUGUCAAGUACCUAGCGGGCAUUUGGAAGGGAGAUAUUAUGAAGUCUCUACUCUGGGUAGUUGAGUCUGACUAUGCCCGGACCCUGAGAGACCCAAAAAUGCAAUGGAGAAGGCCGGAUACCACGGAACCCAGAGCACCUAGCUGGAGUUGGGCGUCAGUUGAGGCACCUGUGGCUUAUCACCCUAUCAACAAAUUUCUUCCAAAAGCUACAGUUCUCGAUAUUUCCAUCGAGCUACUCCACAAGGAAGAGGAAUACGGUGAAGUUAAAUCUGGAAACCUCAGAAUCAGUGGCCCAGUAUGCCAUGGGCUUCAGGUUACGACAAGGAAGGCUACGAAUAAAGACUCUUUUGCAGGCUCUACAAAUGAUAUCGUGUGCCAUAUUCGCAAUGUUCAAGGGGAAUCCUUCCCAUUCAUUUGCGACGACGUACUAACAAUGGCCCACGAUAGCGAAGAAUACUCAUGCCUGUAUAUCGGACGUACGGAUUACAGCGGCGAGCCAGCCUCAUAUUACCACGCUUUUCUGGUGCUUCAGAAAAUGAAAUCAGGGAGCUAUAAGCGGGUUGGAAUAUCAACUAGAUGUCCAUAUCGAUAUGUUGGUGACAUGGUAAGUGGAAUUGAAGAGGUGCAUUUUAAAGCAAAGCUCUCUAUGUUUGUGGAAAGCGGAGUUGAAGAAGAGAUCACUAUUGAGUAAUUGAGUCAAGUGACACCUCCGUCGAAUUUGGGCUAGGUCUUUAAUGAGGUUCGGGUUUCGUAGAAAAAUCCAAUGGCU